AUGAAACUCCUCACCAGUAUCCUCGGUCUCACAGCCAUUGCCGGAGUAUCCGCUAUGCCCACCUCCAACAGCGCCACCACAAACACAAUCACCAGUGGCGAGUUCACUUACAAUGGCGAAGGAGUCGACUUCUCCCUUCAGUGCAGCGGUGGCAUUAACCCGCCCCAUGCGGACUGCGAGCCUGGAAAAUGCCAAUGCCGAGGGGACUAUGGUUGCUGGUCAUGCCAAGGUGGACGCAUGCAGUGCCAGCCGGGACCGGGCUCUGGAACUUGCUGGACCUGA